GGCAUCAGGCAGUUGACCUAGUACUGCUGCACGUAUGCACUUCAGGAUGUAUAAACAACUCCCGAAUCCAGAUAUCACUCUCCUAGCUCGAUAUCAAACCUGGUUGGUUUCCUAACACGCUUCGCCUUCUCUCACUCGAAUCUGAAGUGAUCCGGUAUUCGGGCAAUUAAGUAUAAGCCUCGCCAUCGCACUGUCACAUUCAUCUCUGAUCACCGCCACUGAAAAGCCGAGAAGACUCCAUGACCAAGGCCAAGAUUUCGCUGGUGCUCAGGCUGCUGGCCCUGGGCUCGACGGCCGCGGCCAUCGCCAUCAUGGUCACCAGCCAUGAGACCGCCAAGGUUCUCAACCUGAGCUUUGAAGCCAAAUACCACAAUACACCAGCAUUCGUGUACUUUGUGGUUGCGGAGGCCAUUGCUGGCGGGUACAGCUUGGUCUCUCUGUUACUAUCUUGUAAGACUUUGGUCGGGCGAUUUGUGAUGAUGACGGAUGUGGUCAUUGCAAUGCUCCUGAGCUCCAGCAUUUCAGCUGCAGUGGCAAUAGGCCAGGUGGGCAAGAACGGGAACGGCCAUGCCGGUUGGUUACCAAUUUGUGGGCAAGUCCCCAAGUUCUGCGACCAGGUCACCGGCGCUCUCAUCGCCGGCUUCGUCGCUGCGGCGAUUUACCUGGUCCUCCUCUUAUGCUCCCUCCACUCUCUCUUCGCCCUCAAACCCUAGGCUCUUGUAAUAUCGGCUACUAGCAAGUGAAUUUUUGAGUUACAUAUACGCAUACUUCUCUUUCAAUGCUACGUUGUGGGGCAUGUAACAUACACAA